UGAAGUGGUUGGCGCAGACAUAAACUCAGAUUCUCAUUGAGUCGUUGGCACCAUGGAACUGGAGCUGUCCAAGUGUUUAUAAUGGGAUGUAAUUACCAUGAAGCGCAAAAAUGUAAACCAAAGAGGGAAUUCUGAAAAUGCUAAGUAAUUGCGACCAGUAUUGGCUAUUCUCCGGGAUAAUUGUCUUGUGAAAUAGGCUGAUAAACUGAAGCUUGAGUGAAACUAAUAAACACCUGUGAGAGGAGCAGCUUCUACCAGCAACAUUAUUCAGCCCCGUAGCCCACCUGUCCCUGAAGUAUCAAUCAUGAUGUAGACAAACUGUAGUCUGAGCAGUCUAUUUCUUCAAAAACAUUUAUCACAGGUUUUUGAGUCUUCUUCCAGAACAAAGUAACCUGUCCUUCGCCCAGGCGACUGCAGCCGCGAAUGAUUCGACUAUAUGGAUAAAGUAUCUCUCAGCUCCGCCCGAAAUUAAUCAGUUACAGCUCAGAGAGACUAGCCGAUAGCAGCAUACACACGCAAUCGUUGCAGCAAUGGUGGGCCAGUGUGACCUACCUCAUAAAGUUUUUUUCUGUUUAUUAAGGGAGAAUUAGACUGUUAGCCAAUACUACAGUCUCUCUUCUCAGCCCCCUGCUACAUCCGGACAUAGAUCGUUAUCUCUCUCACUGCAAGUUCAACUGUGAAACUGCACGCCCUGUGAACUUGGCUCAAGGUAAAAGGGAGAGCAGGCGCAUCGGAGAGACUGGGACAUCGGACAGAGGGAGAGUUGCAGAAGAAGAGGAGGAAGUGAGGAACAAAACUACAGACUGACAAAAAAAUGCAAAGAAGCCCUACGCACAGAGCAUGAGGUGGAGCGUUGGAAAAGAGAAGACUGCAUUGUAUUAAAUUAAAUGAGGGCCCACCCUGGCUGCAACAUUAUUGACUAAAAUUAGCGGGUGAAGCUAAACGGCUGUAACCUAGUGUCAUGCCCUACAUUACCAUGGAGAAUGAAACCUGCCUUCCAUAAUAGGAUCUUUCAUACUGCACCAUCUGGAUGUCACUGGAAACAUGAGGUACAUUCACAAAUGUUAGCCUAGCUGUUCUAGGACCAGUCCACAAUUGAUUUGUAUCAAAAAUCUGUGAUCGCAUCUCAGACCGACUUCAUCAACAUCCUGACUUGGUGUCUGCAUCAUUCAUCUGGGUGUUUUGAAGUAAAACAAUUGGUCUGAAGAAGCUCUGAGAAUGAAGACCAUGUCAGUGCUGGCCACCACCGGACCAGAAAGCAGCGGCUCCAUGACGCAGCUCGUCCCCAUCCCCACGCUGAACAUCCUCCCCCCGUCCUCAGACACUGAUGCCUGGUCUCGCUCUCCCAGCCCCCGGCCUCCCCGCCGCCACCGGUGCUCCCGCCCUCACCGGAGCAGAGCCUGGACCAAGAAGAGGAGCGAUGGAGAACAAGAGGAGUCACUCAAACCCCGGUGGGACGGCACUGAGGAUGAGGGGAGGUUGAAGGGGAGCGCUGCUCAAAGAAGCCACUCACUUCUCCCUUCACCCCUCUUGCCACCCCACGUGGAGGACGCGGUCCUGGGCCCUUCCUCGGACCUCUUGCUACCCCCGUCGUCUUGCACCUCCUGGUCACGUAGCUCGUCUCCCGGCCGGCGUUCACGCUGGUCCCUCAGGAGUCUGCUCAGCAGGGAGUCUGACGGGGACAGCUGCAGUACUGCCAGUAACUCUCCACGCAGCACCCCUGGCAGCUCCCCCUCUCUGCGCCGCCGGGUGCUGGGGGUUAGUGGUGGUGGUGGAAGCAGGACCAGCGACGCGGAGGGUGGCCCGGGGGAGCGCAGCGGGGAAAGGAGGGGUUCGGACAGCCCCCUGCUCUCCGCCUCCGCUUACCCAAUCGCCUCGCGCCAUUUCAGCCGCAAUGCCAAGAAAAUGCAGAGCUGGUACAAUGUUCUCAGUCCCACUUAUAAACAGCGCAAUGAGGAUUUCCGUAAACUCUUCAAGAAGCUGCCAGACACGGAACGCCUCAUAGUGGACUACUCAUGUGCGCUGCAGAAAGACAUCCUACUCCAGGGGAGACUCUAUCUGUCAGAGAACUGGCUCUGCUUCUAUAGCAAUAUCUUCCGCUGGGAAACCACUAUCACAAUCCUGCUGAAAGAUGUGACCACCCUGACCAAGGAGAAGACUGCCAAGGUCAUCCCCAACGCCAUUCAGAUCAGCACUGACCACGACAAGCACUUCUUCACGUCUUUCGGGGCGAGGGAUCGCAGCUACAUGAUGAUUUUCAGACUGUGGCAGAACGCACUGAUGGACAAGCCUUUGUCCCCAAAGGAGCUGUGGCACAUCGUCCAUCAGUGUUACGGCACUGAGCUGGGCCUCACCAGUGAAGACGAUGACUAUGUCUCCCCCACCGGCGAGCACAUUAACGGUCUACUGCCAGUGGAUGAGUCAGUCUCUGUCUCUGACCUGUUGGACCUCAGCUCCUUGGGGGCCAUAGCUUCUCUGGGCAGCUCGCCCCCCUCCUCCAUGGCAGCCUUGUUCCCCAGUGGCCCCCUCCUAGCCAGUGGUGGUCUGGGCUCAUCUCCCCCCUCCUCAUCCACCUGUCUGCCCAUAGACAUCCCCGGCAGAACCUCCCUGGACCCCCCGGACUCCAGCCCGCCCAGCUCCCAGAUUCUCCCUGCCCUCCACCACACACUCCACACACACCGCCUCCUUGUCCGCCCCCGCCUCGGCUGCUGCCUCUUUCGGAAUAGGUAUUUGGAGGAGGGCGGGGACAGUUUGUUGGAGUCGGCCAAUCAUAUGGUGCCCCUGUCUGCCACCAGUCUGGGAAACCUCUCCUCAUUGGACCAGCUCACCAACGACGACGAGCUGCCCACCGACCCCAGCAACUCCUCAGACGAACAGGAAGAGGACGAGGUGGAGUCGUUCUGUGCGGACCUGGCUGGCCGGCUGCACAUCAACAUGGUGGUGCGCAUGAGCGUGGACAAGUUGCACGACCUGCUAUUCUCCGCAGACACACACUUCAUCCAGCAUCUCUUCUCCCAGCGCCACUUCACAGACCUGUCAGUUCGCGAGUGGCAGCAGGACGGCAGCAGUGGGAACACCAACCGGAUCCUGAGUUACACCAUCGCCAUCAACAACCCCCUGGGCCCCAAGACCGCCCCCGUAGUGGAGACGCAGACGCUGUAUAAGAACAGUGCCCCGGGCGAGUGUUACGUGGUGGACUCGGAGGUGAUUACCUCGGGCAUCCCCUACCAGGACUACUUCUACACCGUGCACCGCUACUGCCUCACCUCCAUCAACAAGAACAAGAGCAGACUCCGGGUGUCGUCAGAUAUCUGCUACAAGAAGCAGCCGUGGAGCCUGGUGAAGGCGCUCAUCGAGAAGAACACCUGGAGCGGCAUCGAGGAGUACUACAGACACAUGGAGAGUGAGGUGUGUAAGCUGGAGACCCUGCUCCAGUCUGAGGUGUCAGUGGUGACCUCUGGGGAUGUGGUGGGGGCAGACUCUGCCAAGACACCCCCGGCCCUGCGGCGACGCAAACGCACCUGCUCCCGGCGUCCGGGAGACCGGGAGAGAGAGGGAGGGGCCACGGGAGGUGGAGAGCGUGGGGACCGAGGGAUGGGAGAGGAGCGGAGAGAGGCGGGUGGUCAGUACAAGCACGGAGAGCGGUGGCGUGGCGGAGGCAGCAGCAUCUCUACCAUACUGCUCAUCGUCAGCUUCAUGAUCUGUGUCAGUCUGGUGGUGUUGGUGGCCCUCAACAUGCUCUUGUUUUACAAGUUGUAUUCUCUGGAGAGAGCUGCACACACACUGGAGACGUGGCACUCCUUCUCUCUGUCUGACAGUCCUCUACCCCAGUCUGCAGGAGAGUGGGCCCAGGUGUUGCAGCUCCAGAGACAGUUCCACCAGGCCCAGCUGGGCAAAUGGCAACAGAUCCUCCAAUCCUCAGUCACUCUGCUAGACCAGAUGAAACAGUCGUUGGAAAAGCUCCACCGUGGCGUCGUCACUCCAGAAGUCCAGCAGGAUCCCCCCUCGAACCCCACUUCAGAGUCUCUCACUGAGCACUGAUCCUCCAGCCAUCACCAGCCCUCAAGUGGGUAUGAAUAGACCACGGGGGAGGUAGCUAGAGGGGGAGGGUCCGGCUGGGCCAAUCAGGGAGAGUGACUCACUCUCACCUGACCCCGAAGCUCCACUCCUGCUUCUCUACUCAAAACAGACAGGAAGAGAUGUGGGGGGAGUGGGAAUUACCUGUAAGGGGACCUUCACUACCCAUAACUCCCCACGCCUCAGUUUGAGCAACCUGCAAUGGGGUUGGGAGGUGAGAGACCUUUGGGGGGGGGGACUACACUACCCAUAAUUCCCCACACCUCAGUCCAAGUUCCACCUUCCAUAGUCACCACCACCUCUCACGUCCAGACAGUUAGACUGGGAAUGUCUUCAGGACUACAGCAAUAACAUAGUCAUUACAUUACCAUAUCUCCCACAGUCAGGGCUAAAGGCUGGCCAAUUUGUAUAGUACCAUCCGCUCCUCACAUGCAACCAACCAUGCUGCUCUCCCUGAACCAUCUCCCCUGCCUGAGCAGCCAAGAGACAUUUUCAAGACAGACCAUCGACUGCAUUUCAGCAUGUGCAGCCCUGCUGCUGCAGGAUAGACUCGGGUCCAACGCAUUUCAAAUGGAUAGACUCGGGUCCAACGCAUUUCAAAUGGAUAGACUCGGGUCCAACGCAUUUCAAAUGG